AGGGGGCGCCGGCCACCGGUCUGGCUCCGCGCGACUUUCGAGCUCUCCGGCGGCGCGCAGGAUGGCUGAGCGGCCGGAGGACCUGAACCUGCCCAACGCGGUCGUCACGCGGAUCAUCAAGGAGGCGCUCCCGGACGGCGUGAACGUCUCCAAAGAAGCGCGCAGCGCCAUCUCCCGCGCCGCCAGCGUCUUCGUGCUGUACGCCACCUCGUGUGCCAACAACUUCGCAAGGAAGGGGAAGAGGAAGACGCUGAAUGCCGGAGAUGUUAUUUCUGCUAUGGAAGAAAUGGAAUUCCAGCGAUUCGUGGGACCGCUAAGGGAAUCCCUAGAAGCUUACAGGAAUGAGCAGAAGGGCAAAAGGGGAACAUCAGAGCUCAAGAAAAAAGACAGAGAGAAGAAGGAAGAUGCUGAAGACCCUGACAAGAAUCGGGAAGAAGAAAAUGAGGAGGGAGAGAGGAUGGAGGAGGAAGAGGAGGAGGAGGAAACGCAGCAGCAAAAUGAGGUGGAGGAGGAGGAGGAA